UAAUGCUCUAUUCCUUAAAAAAUGUCGGUCUCUGCUAGAAAUCCUCGACUCCCACUCCUAACAGACAUUAUCUACCGUCUUCGCUUAAAACCGUUCCAGUCCAAAACUAUAAAUUCUUCUGCGAGUCGCCAAAACCUCCACAUAUCCCUGAAAAGAAUCCCAGAAAUCUCUGCUCUCAACACCAACUCCAUUGAUACCGUAAAUUUGAAUUCAGAUAUAUGUGUACUAUGCCUCCACGGGAACUUAGAGCAAGCUCUGCGUCACUUAGACUCUAUGGAAGAACGCGGGUUUCCUGUCGAGGAGGACACGUACAUAGCUUUGGUAAAGUUGUGCGAGUGGAAGCGAGCAGCCUCCCAGGGAGCUCGUGUUUAUGCUCAUGUCUCUAGUUCGACGGCCCAUUUAAGCAUUCGAUUGGGAAAUGCUCUGUUGAGCAUGUUCGUGCGGCUGGGUAACUUGCUCGACGCCUGGUACGUAUUUGGCAAAAUGGAGGAGAGGGAUGUCUUUUCAUGGAACGUCAUGGUCGGUGGGUACGCUAAAUCGGGUUUCUUUGAUGAUGCGUUGAAUUUGUACCAUAGGAUGUUGUGGGUCGGAGUCAAACCCGAUAUGUAUACGUUUCCUUGUGUUCUGAGGACGUGCGGUGGUGUUCCCGAUUUGGCUAGGGGUAUGGAGGUUCACGUUCAUGUUAUUAGAUUUGGGUUUGAAGCAGAUGUUGAUGUAACUAAUGCUUUAAUUACUAUGUAUGCUAAGUGUGGGGAUGUUCGUAGUGCAAGGUUAUUGUUUGAUAGAAUGCCCAGCAGGGAUCAAAUCUCGUGGAAUGCUAUGAUAUCAGGAUAUGUUGAGAAUGAGGAGUGUUUGGAGGGCUUGAAGUUGUUCUUUAUGAUGAGAGAUCGUUCUAUAGACCCAGAUUUGAUUACCAUGACCAAUAUAAUUUCUGCGUGUGAGAUUCUCGAUAAUGCCAGAUUAGGGAAGGUGAUUCAUGGGUAUGUGAGCACAAAGGAAUUCAGGGAAGAUGUUUCAAUUUGUAAUGCUUUGAUUCAGAUGUACUCUAGUGCUGGGAAUUUGUCAGAAGCGGAGAAAGUUUUCUGCAGGAUGGGUUUCAAGGAUGUGGUGUCAUGGACUGCAAUGAUUUCUGGUUAUGAGAAAAAUGGGCUACCUCACAAAGCCGUGGAAGCUUAUCAGCAGAUGGAGUUAAAGGGUGUGAAGCCUGAUGAGAUCACUAUUGUCAGUGUUCUUUCUGCUUGCGCUUCUCUACGACAUCCUGAUUUGGGAAUCAAGCUCCAUGAGUUUGCUAAUAAGAUGGGCCUUAUUGCAUACACAGAAGUUGGGAACACCCUUAUUGACAUGUAUUCCAAAUGUGGCUGCAUUGAUAAGGCUUUGGAGGUCUUCAAACAGAUACCCGAGAAGAACGUGAUAUCUUGGACAUCCAUCAUCUUCGGAUUUCGGAUCAACAACCGGAGCUUGGAGGCCUUGAGCUUCUUUCGGCAGAUGAGAUUCAGUCUAAAACCUAAUUCAGUUACACUGAUUGCUGCUCUUUCCACAUGUGCUAAGAUAGGAGCCUUGAUGUGUGGAAAGGAGAUUCAUGCCCAUGCGCUAAGGAGUGGAGUUAGAUUUGAGGGGUUCCUGCCAAAUGCACUUUUAGACAUGUACACAAGGUGUGGAAGGAUAGAAUAUGCAAGGACCCAGUUUGACAGCUAUAAAGACAAGGAUGUUUCAUCUUGGAAUAUUAUGUUAACCGGCUAUGCCCGCCGGGGAUGUGGAACACUUUCUAUUGAUCUGUUUCAUAGAAUGAUAGAUGAAGGAGAGGAUCCUAAUGAAAUCACAUUCAUUGCCCUCCUAUGUGCUUGUAGUAGAUCUGGAAUGGUGAGUGAAGGUUUGGAGUAUUUUAAUGGCAUGGAACGGAGUUAUGGUGUCACACCAAAUCUGAAGCACUAUGCGUGCAUGGUGGAUUUACUUGGUCGCGCUGGGCAAGUGGAAGUUGCCUAUGAGUUUAUAGAAAACAUGCCCUUGGAGCCAGACUCCGCUGUCUGGGGAGCCUUGUUGAAUGCAUGCAGGAUACAUCGACAGGUUGAGCUUGGUGAGCUUGCUGCUCGCUUCAUAUUCAAAAUGGAUUCAGAGAGUAUUGGGUAUUAUGUUCUAUUAUGUAACCUCUAUGCUGACAAUGGUCGAUGGGAUGAAGUUUCGAGAGUGAGAAGGACAAUGAGAGAAAGAGACGUUAUGUUUGAUCCUGGCUGCAGUUGGGUGGAGGUUAAGGGAAAAGUUCACGCAUUCCUUAGUGGUGAUAGUUCCCAUCCACAAAUUAAAGAGAUUAAUGCAGUUCUAAAUGGCUUGUAUGAGAGAAUAAAAACUAUUAAUCUUAAUAUGCUUGAGAGCAGUUCAGUAAAUGAUACUGGAACAUCAAAGGCAGAUAUCUUUUGUGGGCACAGUGAAAGACUAGCCAUUGCGUUUGGGCUCAUCAAUACUUUGCCUGGGGUCCCUAUUUGGGUCACAAAGAACCUCUACAUGUGUACUAGCUGCCAUAAUAUCGUCAAGUUUAUCUCUAAGAUUGUUCGGCGGGAGAUAACUGUUAGAGAUACCGAACAAUUUCAUCAUUUCAAAGAUGGAAUCUGCUCAUGUAGAGACAAGGGUUGUUGGGGGCUACAGAACUAGAGAAUUGGAUGAAAUCCCCAUCCUCCGUUUGCACCCCUUCCAAUGGUAUCAAGGUUGUGAAACAAAAUGAGAAUUAAGAAACAGGAAAAAGAGAGAUUCCUAUGGUUUACCUAUAGCCUGGUGAGAGAAUUAUAGGAUUUUAACACUGACACCUCCUACAGCUUGGUUGUGAAAGAUGCUACAGAAUCGUAUGCCAUGCAAUCAAAGAACCGGGAUGCUUGGAUGUUCACUUUCCAUUACUGUGACUGGUAAGACAGGGAAGGAAAGGCGGCCUAUCGCUUCUCUCAUAAAAACUGCGUUGUAUUGUUGUUGUAUGAUUCUACCUCGACUUCACUCUCUUUUAUGACACAUAACAAACACCAGCAUCAAUUUACUGCUAAUUGAUCUCUGCUUCUGAUAUAUUUAUGUUUUAUUUGAAGGGGAAUAUAUUAGGGGAGAACAGAGAAUAAAAGGAAAAUUAUAUUUAUUGUUGCACAUGGGCAUGACAGAUUUACUUGUAUUUGGGAGAAAUGAAUGUACUGAUUGACUCUUGUUCGAACCUUAUGAAGUUAGCAGGUAGCAGGGUCCUUCUAUAGCUUUUGUUA